AAAGGCUAGUUGGACAUUCCCGCGUGGGAUGGGUUUUAAUUGUUCAAGGCCCAUUGUUGUCUGUAGUCUUACUACUCCUCCCGCGCGUCGAUUUUGGCGUACCCGUACUUUUUGUUUCGUCUUACAUCAACGAAAUCUUCAAAAUGACGUCUGAGCUAUCUCAAAUGCUGGAUGAAUUAAUGGGGAAGAAUCGGAAUGCGGCACCUGACGAUAAAUCGAACGAUAUGCAUUGGAGCGACAAGGAUGUUUGCAAGCAUUUCCUGUGUGGUUUUUGUCCUGCUGAACUUUUUACAAACACAAGAUCUGAUCUUGGCCCAUGUGAAAAAGUUCAUGAUGAAGCACUUAGAAAGGCAUAUCAACAAAGUACCAGAUACAUGAAAAUGUCAUACGAAGCAGAUUUCCUGCAUUAUCUUCAACAAUGUAUGACUGAUGUCGAGAGACGUAUUCGACGUAAUCAUCAGCGUUUACAACUUUCAGAGGAGAAAAAUCAAAAGCAGGGGCCACCAAGUAAAGAUGUUGAGGACCAGAUCAAUAUUUUAACUCAGCGAAUUGAAGAAAUGUUGCAAAAGAUUGAACAGCUUGGCAAUGAAGGGAAUGUGGAAGAAGCCCAAGGAGUCAUGAAGUUAUGUGAUCAGUUAAAGGAAGAUAGAGAACAAUUAUACGGACAACAGAAAGGAACCGUGCUAGAUGCCUUUUCUGUGCAAGAAAAGCAGAUGGAGGUCUGUGAAGUAUGCGGUGCGUUCUUGAUUGUCGGUGAUGCGCAAUCUCGCGUGGAUGAUCAUCUUAUGGGGAAACAACACAUGGGAUAUGCAAAAAUAAAAUCUCAUAUUGAGGAAUUGAAGGAAAAACUGAGAGCAAAAGCUGAAGCACCAUCAGAAGAUGCUUUGAAAACAAGUAAAGAAGAUGGCAAAGUAUCUGAAAAGCGAAGUGGAUCGCACAAGGAUGACCGAAGGCGAAGUCGUUCCAGGGAAAGUAAGAGAGAGAAAGAUAAAGAUCGUCGUAAAUCUCCGGAUCGAGAUUCAGGAAGACGUCGGGACGACUACAAACGUCGGUCAAGGGAGAAAGAUCAUCGUCGCCAUGACGACAGAAGGGAUUCAAGAUAUCGAGAUAGAGAUCGGGGCAGAGACAGUGGAAGGUCAAGAGAUUAUCACUCUAGGUCACGAGAUGAAAGGGACAGAAAAUCAUCUCACAGAAGUCGGUCAAGAGACAGGGACAGAAGUGAUAGAGAUGGCGACAGGGAUCGAAGACACUCAAGAAAACACUCACGGCCUCGCUCUCGCAGUAAAGAUAGAAAAGAUCGCAAACGCUCUAGAAGAAGUGACUCCAAAGACAGAAAACAUGGCAAGGAUCAUGAGGAAGAUAAAAAUAAAAGUGAGGGUAAGGUUGAAAAAAGUGAUAACAAAGAAGUAUCAAAUGAAAGGGUUGAUGCAGAAGAAAAUGGUACAAAAGAUAAAGAUGGUCAGGUUUCUGAAAUCAGUGAUGCAUCUGCACCAAGUGAAUCAACUCAACAGCAGGUAUCCAAUCUUGAGAAAACAAACGAGUCUGUGAAUGAUAGUGAGGCACACCAAGCUGACCAUAAUGACUCCAAUAAUCAACCACACAAUACUGAAGGUGAUCCGUAGUCAGUUGGCUAAUGCAAGGUUGCAGUUUGGUAUUGUGGAGCAACCUUUCCCUUCAUACAAUGUGAGAUUAUAAAGUUUGAGGUGGGCCAACAAAACAUUGUGUAUAAAAAUACGUCUUUGUAAAUAAUUUAUGCUAUUUGAAGUUUAUCGGAUACAUGAUGGCUUUUAUGACGUCAAUCUGAAUCGCAGCAACUCCAUAUAAUUUUGAUUGACAACUACAUUAACAUUAGACGAGAAUGUGACUUCACGCAAUUGAGGAAGGUAACGGUGAAUUGGUGACUAUUUUCCGAUGAAAGUUUGGUAUCUUGGAUAAACAUUGAAAGAAAGUGUUUCAGUCAUGGAAUAUUGGAAAAUGUUUCAUACAGGUAUAUUCCAGUACAUAACAAAAGUCUGCAAUCCCUCUUGAUUCUGUUGUUAUCUUUGGCCCUUGUUUUGAUAUUCAUUGAAUUGAACAGCAAUGUUUAACUGAGAUUGAAAAUAUUUACGAGUCUGUAAGAAAUAAUUAUGUAAUAAUGAUGUUUGUCACAAGAAAUUGACAGUCUGGCGAAAAUGUUAUCAAUGUAUUGCCCUGAAUAAUUCAUCUAUUCAAAGCCAUGUUUUGCUCUCAAAUAACAGCCUUAUCUGAAAGUCUUCUUCAGUUGGGCUGAAAUCAAUCCAAGAAUGUGUAUUCUAAUUAUGCCUGCAGUAUUGGUAAUGUCUGAUUUUAUUAUACAGAGAUCUUCAAUUUGUGCCCGAGUAGAGUUUUCCCUUUGGUAAAUGAUUUAGACAUUAUUGUUUCCUGUUUAGGUUUUGUAAUAAAUUUAUCUCAUAAUUUGAAAA